AAUCUUUCACAUUGAGUUACCUGUGGGUUUUAUUUACAUAUUCCGGAGAUCUUACCUGUUCACUUCUACAACUUAACUAUUAAGAGCGUAUUUUUUUACUCGUGUUCCUAUUCCUACUGAUCGACAUAACACUUAGAACAAAGCAUGGCUGAAGAACUAUUCCUUGAGGAUUAUAUUACGAUUGGUGUCUAUUUUGUCAUUGUUCUAGCAGUCGGAUUAUGGUCGACUUUUCGACCUAACAAGGGAAAUGCCAAGGGAUACUUUCUGGCGGGGAAAGACAUGCACUGGAUACCGAUUGGGGCCUCUAUCUAUGCUAGUAACAUAGGAGCUCCGAUGUUCAUUGGACUGGCAGGAACUGCAGCAGGAUCUGGUAUCGCUGUCACUAUAUAUGAGUGGCAUGCCGUGUUUUUCCUGAUUUUAUUAGGUUGGGUGUUUCUUCCAGUGUAUGUUGCAUGUGGGGCAUACACAAUACCGGAGUGGGUAAAGAAGCGCUUUGGAGGACGUCGACUGCGCAUGUAUGUGUCGUUCCUUGCGCUGAUUGGCUACAUCCUCUUCAACAUAUCGGCUGAAAUAUAUACCGGAGCAAUAUUUCUUCAACAAAUGUUAGAAUGGAACAUCUACCUGUGUGUGAGCAUCAUUCUAGGAAUAACAGCAAUAUAUACAACAGUUGGUGGACUGGCCUCCGUCAUCUACACGGAUACUCUACAAGCUGUGGUUCUUGUUAUCGGAGCUACGAUACUGUUUUUCAUUUCGAUCAUUAAGGUGGGAGGAUACGAAGAAAUGGAAACCAAGUUCAUGGCUGCCAUGUCAAAUGAAACUCUUCACAAUCAGACCUAUUUCAAAUGCGGGGUUCCGCCGGCGGAUUCCCUCCACAUCUUCAGAGACCCUGUGACAGGUGACAUCCCCUGGACUGGGGCUUUGCUGGGACUGUCCACUCUUGGACUUUACACCUGGGACCAGGACCAGAUAAUUGUUCAACGCACACUAUCUGCCAAAAACAUGGUUCACGCCAAGGCAGGAACAUUGCUAGGGGCCGCGCUGAAACUGACUGGGUUCCUUCUCUUUGUUAUUCCUGGAAUGAACAGUCGCAUACUAUUUAAGGAGGAAGUUGCUUGUGCAGAUCCAGACAAAUGCAUGGAAUAUUGUAAAAACAAGAGUGGUUGUACAAAUAUAGCAUAUCCUCUGAUGGUUCUCAGGUUGCUUCCUAAAGGUCUACGUGGACUAAUGCUUGCUGCUCUGCUAGCUGCGUUAAUGAGUUCUCUAACCUCAAUCCUGAACAGUGCUAGCUCCAUCAUGACUCUAGAUAUCUGGCACCAGUUUCGGAAGAAGGCUUCUCAAUACGAAUUGAUGAUUGUUGGACGAGUUACUGUUCUUGUCCUGAUUGGCUUCAGCAUUCUUUGGUUACCUAUUUUACAGUUGACACAGGGAGGUAGAUUCUGGUUUUACAUGCAGUCUGUAAAGUCAUAUCUCAUCCCUCCCCUGUGUAUGAUGUUUUUGUUGGGGUUGUUCUGGAAAAGAACCACUGAACAGGGUGUGUUUUGGGGCCUGAUGCUUAGCCUCGUUAUGGGAAUUGUACGUAUGGUUUUAGAUUUCACUUUCCUCGCACCUGCCUGUGGCAGUAAUGAAGUCGACACAAGGCCUGAAAUUAUCUCCAAGGUGGAUUUUCUACAUUUUGCAACACUCCUGGCAUUGUUUGCAACAAUUGCUAUGGUUAUUAUCAGUUUGGUGACACAACCCCGUCCAGAAAACAAGCUCCAUCGUUUGACAUGGUGGACUAGAAAUGAUGAAGAAGAGCCAGAACUAUCAGAUUAUGAGGAUGAGGAUGUUCACAUUUCUGCCCACGUGAAGGGCAAAGAUCCUAAAUCCGCCCACAUGAAGGGCGAGGAUCCUAAAACAAUGGACAUUCAGGAACCGGUGGCAGAGGAAGCAAGUGGACUUCGGCGAAUUAAGGUCCUUUGUAAGAACUGGGUUUGUGGAAUAGAUGAAGAUGCUAAGCAUGAUAUUACAGCUGCUGAAUUCAAAGAAUUAAGGAGGAAAAUGACGUCAUUAGAUGAAGCCUCAAGAUGGAGAAAGGUUCUUAACUUUUCAGCAAUAGUCAUUGGUGUAUUCACAGUGUUUUUAUUGGGAUUUUUUCAUUGAUAUCUAUUGUAUUAUGCUUAGUUAUAUACCAAUCAAUUUAUUUGUAUUUAAACGGUUUUUAAGUAAUCAUAAUGUUAUUAUAGUUAUGCAUGGAAAUAUAGAGUGUAUCCUGUAGAAUACAGUAUAAAAAUUGUGAAAUUGAAUAUUGAUUGACAGAACAAAAUGUUAAAAAGUUGUUUAUUACAAUUCUUGACAUAUCACCACAAUACAAUAAUGCUUAAUGGCAUUGAGGACCUUAUAAUGAUUGUAAUCUUUAUUAUAUUAUAAUUUUUCUCCUUUUUCGGUACGAUUUCAAAGAAAUGAGAUUGUCUAAAAUAUCCUGAACUAUUUUGGAAAAAAUCACUUCCAAUUGUGUAUUUUUAUGCCAUUAGAAAAGAAUUUAUCAUUGCAAGGUGUCAAAAACAGUAAGAAAAUGAGAGAGUAAUACUGUAAAAGCACAAAUAUUCAUGGGGGAUUAAAUUUCGUUUAUUUUCUUGUUAACAAAAUUCAACGAAAUGAAAUCCCACACGAAAUCUUAUAUGACUAUAUAUUGAAUGGGGUUAGUUUUAAAACAACGAAAUUAAAUACACAUAAAAUUAUUUUUGAUUACAAAACAACGAAAUUUUGUGCCCACGAAAAUUUGUGCAUCUACAGUAUGUAGUUGUCCCCUGACUUCUGCUCAAAUCUUCCUGUGUUUAACCCAUGAAUAAUGGUAAUCAUUUUUUUAAAAUUAGAAAUGUAGGUCUAACUAUCGUUUCUUAUCCAAAUGAGAUGUAUUUCAUUUCCUCCGUUUUUGCAAUUGUUCAUGUAUACGUUUCACUGGGUGUAUUCACUUGUUAAACACUAUACACAGCACUGCAUGCGGACUUACAGAACUGAUGAGUUGAAUUUGACAUCGCACAUUUUCUGAAUUACAAUUUUAAUAUAUUUCAUUGAUACAACAAAAUUGCUAUCUUUCUUAAGUAUUACAUAUAAAGUUAGAAUUAAUGAAAGUGUAAGGAUGUGUCAAUAAAACACGUUCAGAAAUUCGUCCAGAAAAAUAA